AUGUCGUCCAAGAUCAGGAUUCUUGUUCCGGUUAAAAGAGUUAUUGAUUUCGCUUUGAAGCCAAGAAUCAAUAAGACUCACGAUGGUGUAGAAACGCAAGGUGUCAAAUUCAGCAUUAAUCCAUUCGAUAACAUCGCCGUGGAAGAGGCGGUGAAGAUCAGGAAACAUAAUAAGGGUGUUGUCGAAUCUAUUCAUGCCGUUUCUAUUGGUCCUUCCAAAGCCAAGGAUGUGUUAAGAACGGCCCUUGCAAAGGGUGCGGAUACUUCGUCUUUGGUUGAUAUCGGUUCUAAGGAAUUGGACCCUCUUGCCGUCUCAAAGAUUCUCAAGAAGAUCCAGGAAGAGCAGGGCUCUAACCUAAUCAUUAUGGGAAGGCAGGCCAUCGAUGAUGAUGCAGGUCAAACUGGUCAAAUGCUUGCCGGCUUAUUGGGCUGGUCUCAGGCCACCAACGCAUCCAAAGUCACCAUUAAUGAGGAUAUGACGGUUGAAGUUGAGAAGGCCAUCGAUGGAGGUGUUGAGAUUGUCAAGGCUCCUCUACCACUCAUUAUAACUACCGAUCUUACAUUGAAUGAACCAAAGUUCGUAACACUUCCAAAGAUGAUGAAGGCUAAAAAGAAGCCCUUGAAAGUGGUUAGACCGGAAGAUUUAGGCAUCAAUCUUGAAAGUAGACUCGAAACUGUUUCUUUGGAGGAGCCUGUUCCCAGAAAGGCUGGUAUUAAGGUGAAGAGUGUCGAUGAGUUGAUCUCGAAGAUGAAAGAGCUAAAGGCAAUUUAG